AUGAAGUAUUUUACCGCCACCAUCUUAGCUGCUUUGGUAGCCGGCGCCGCUGCAGCGCCUGCUAUUGUUCCCGGCCUUCCGGAAGGAGACUCCUCCCUCACCAAGACCUUGAGCGAUCUUCCCGCGGUGCUCGGCGGUCUCACAGGCGGCCUUGGCAAGCGGAACACGCCUGUUGUUGAUGACAUCGUCGACGCAGUCCAGGACUUCACCAAGGGAACCCCUGUCAAAGGCCGCGAUGUUCCCCUGCUUGGCGGCCACUCUGGGCCCCUUCAAGGCCUUGGGGAAACCCUUGACUCUAUCGAAAAGAUCGUCCCGGUACUCGGAGGCCGCUCCUCUGACGCGAAGUAA